GCGGGGCAGCGAGGGGGAGGACGACCCCACCGGUGGCGGCCACUUUCGGCCCGAGAGCGAUGCCUCGUUGGAGGAGCAGGAUGAGGAGCUUGACAGCAUAUUAUCACCUCCACCAAUGCCAUUUCGAAAAUCAAGCAAUCCAGAAGUUUCUUCUGGCCCUGGCAAAUCAUUGAAAUUUAAAAGACAGCUGAGUGAAGAUGGAAGACCUUUUAGAAGAGGAAGCCUUGGUGGAGCUCUGACAGGUAGGUACUUGCUGCCAAAUGCUGCUACACAACCAUCAUGGCAGACUGGAGAAACUUCCAAUCUUGUCCGAAUGCGCAGUCAAGCUCUCGGGCAGUCCGCUCCUUCUUUGACAGCCAGUCUGGAAGGGACAUCUCAGAAGAGUCAUUUCAGCUCAAGUCGGCAUCGCCAGAGGCUAGUGGAACCAGCAGCUGCAAAAAAGGAACUGAGCCUUCCAAGAAGAGGAAGUUUUUGCCGUACAAGUAAUCGGAAAAGUUUGAUAUGCAAUGGACAGUCUCCGGCUAUGCCUCGACCCCAUUCACCACUUUCAGCUCAUGCAGGGAGCAGUCCUCAAGAUAGCCCAAGAAACUUCUCUCCUAGUGCCUCAGCCCACUUUUCAUUUGCACGAAGUCAUGGGCACCGAAAUGAAAGGACUGAUGGAAGACGUUGGUCUUUGGCAUCUCUUCCCUCCUCUGGCUAUGGUACAAAUACUCCAAGCUCAACAGUUUCAUCAUCCUGUUCCUCCCAAGAGAAGUUACACCAGUUACCAUACCAACCAACACCAGAUGAACUACAUUUUUUGUCUAAACAUUUCUGUGCCACUGAAAGCAUUGCCAGUGACAAUAGAUGUAGGACCACACAAAUGCGACCACGUUCAAGAAGUCUCAGCCCUGGACGUUCUCCUGCAUGCUGUGACCAUGAAAUAAUUAUGAUGAACCAUGUAUACAAAGAGAGAUUCCCAAAGGCUACAGCUCAGAUGGAAGAACGACUUCAGGAGAUUAUCACCAACCAUUCUCCUGACAAUGUCCUCCCCUUGGCAGAUGGAGUGCUUAGUUUCACCCAUUACCAGAUCAUUGAGCUGGCUCGUGACUGCUUGGACAAAUCUCAUCAGGGUCUCAUCACCUCACGAUAUUUCUUUGAAUUACAGCACAAAUUAGAUAAACUCCUACAAGAGGCGCAAGAAAGAUCAGAAAGUGGAGAGCUGGCAUUUAUUAAGCAACUUGUCCGAAAGAUUCUUAUUGUCAUUGCUCGUCCUGCUCGCUUACUUGAAUGUUUGGAGUUUGAUCCUGAAGAAUUUUACUAUCUUUUGGAAGCUGCAGAAGGGCAUGCUAAAGAGGGCCAAGGCAUUAAAACUGACAUCCCUAGAUACAUUAUUAGCCAGCUGGGGUUGAAUAAAGAUCCUUUGGAAGAAAUAGCUCAGCUAGCUAACUAUGACAGUGGGACAGCAGCAACUCCAGAAACUGAUGAAUCAAUUAGUAGUUCCAAUACAUCUCUUAAACUUCAGCGGAAGCCUCGUGAAAGUGAUUUUGAAAGCAUUAAACUGAUCAGUAAUGGAGCAUAUGGUGCUGUUUAUUUGGUACGACAUAAAGAAACAAGACAGAGAUUUGCCAUGAAAAAGAUUAACAAACAGAAUCUCAUUCUUCGAAACCAGAUUCAGCAGGCUUUUGUUGAGCGUGAUAUCCUAACAUUUGCAGAAAAUCCAUUUGUAGUCAGCAUGUAUUGUUCCUUUGAAACUAGACGCCAUUUAUGCAUGGUCAUGGAGUAUGUGGAAGGUGGAGACUGUGCUACUUUAAUGAAAAAUAUGGGUCCUCUGCCUGUAGACAUGGCCAGGAUGUAUUUUGCUGAGACUGUUCUCGCUUUGGAGUACCUUCACAAUUAUGGAAUAGUACACAGGGAUUUGAAACCAGACAAUUUAUUGGUUACAUCCAUGGGUCAUAUAAAGUUAACAGAUUUUGGCCUGUCUAAAGUUGGCCUCAUGAGUAUGACCACCAAUCUUUACGAAGGUCACAUUGAGAAGGAUGCUAGAGAAUUUUUAGAUAAGCAGGUCUGUGGCACACCCGAAUAUAUAGCUCCUGAAGUGAUUCUAAGACAAGGUUAUGGCAAACCAGUGGACUGGUGGUCCAUGGGAAUUAUCCUGUAUGAGUUUCUUGUUGGAUGUGUGCCAUUUUUUGGGGAUACACCAGAGGAACUAUUUGGACAAGUAAUCAGUGAUGAGAUUAACUGGCCAGAAAAGGAUGAAGCUCCACCUCCAGAUGCCCAGGAUCUGAUUGCAUUGCUUCUAAGACAAAACCCCUUGGAGAGGCUGGGAACAGGUGGUGCAUAUGAAGUGAAACAACAUCAGUUCUUCCAAAACUUAGACUGGAAUAGUUUGCUGAGACAGAAAGCAGAGUUCAUUCCACAGCUGGAGUCUGAGGAUGACACAAGUUAUUUUGACACCCGCUCUGAGAAGUACCACCAUAUGGAAACAGAAGAAGAAGACGACACAAAUGAUGAAGAUUUUAAUUUGGAGAUUAGGCAGUUUUCCUCAUGUUCACAUAGAUUUUCAAAAGUCUUUAGCAAUAUAGAUAGAAUAACGCGAAAUCAAACUGAAGACAAGGAAGAAACAACAGACAGAGCAAAAAAUGUGACACUAACAUCUGCAGAAUCUUUAAGUUGGAGUUCAGAAUAUUCUGAAAUACAACAACUAUCUACAUCUGUCUCCUCUGAUACUGAAAGUUCCAGGCAAUGCCACAACUCUGGAUUGCUUCCAAAACUGGCCAUAUCUGCUGAAGGAGACCAAGAUGAAUCCCCACGUUCUGUCAGAUCCCGUAAAGAACAAGAGAAGCCUCCAUUUGUUAAUGAGGAAUCCGUUCAAGACGAAGUGGAAGUAACAACUCCAGCAAGCACUAUUAGUAGCUCCACAUUGUCAGUUGGCAGCUUUUCAGAGCACUUGGAUCAGAUAAAUGGAAGAAGUGAGAGUGUGGACAGCACAGAUAAUUCCUCAAAGCCAUCCAGUGAAUCAGCAUCUCGUAUGGCUCGUCAGCGAUUAGAAACUACAGAGAAAAAGAAAAUCUCCGGAAAAGUCACAAAGUCCCUCUCUGCCAGUGCUCUAUCCCUCAUGAUCCCAGGAGAUAUAUUUGGUGUGUCUCCUUUGGGAAGUCCCAUGUCCCCUCAUUCCAUGUCUUCAGAUCCAUCAUCCUCCAGAGAUUCCUCUCCCAGCCGUGAUUCCUCAACUGCUUCUGCAAGUCCUCACCAACCAGUCAUAAUUCACACGUCUGGCAAGAAGUAUGGGUUCACUAUCCGAGCAAUCAGGGUGUAUGUAGGUGACAGUGACAUCUACACGGUUCACCAUAUUGUUUGGAAUGUUGAAGAAGGAAGUCCAGCUUACCAUGCUGGACUGAAGGCUGAUGAUCUGAUCACUCAUAUCAAUGGAGAGCCUAUACAUGGCCUUGUUCACACAGAAGUCAUAGAACUGUUGUUAAAGAGUGGUAAUAAAGUGUCAAUUACAACAACUCCCUUUGAGAAUACCUCAAUAAAAACUGGACCGGCCAGAAGAAACAGUUAUAGGGGACGAAUGGUUAGGCGUAGCAAGAAAACCAAAAAGAAGGAGAGUUUGGAAAGGAGGAGAUCUCUGUUUAAAAAGCUGGCCAAGCAGCCCUCACCGCUUCUUCAUACAAGUCGGAGUUUCUCCUGCCUGAACCGAUCUCUGUCAUCAGGAGAGAGCUUGCCUGGUUCUCCAACUCACAGUUUGUCUCCCCGCUCACCCACACCAAGUCUCCGUUCCACCCCUGAUUUCCCCUCAGGGACAAAUUCCUCUCAGAGCAGCUCUCCAAGUUCAAGUGCACCCAAUUCUCCUGCUGGUUCAGGACAUAUUAGACCCAGCACACUUCAUGGUUUGGGCCCCAAGCUUGGUGGGCAGAGAUACAGAUCAGGAAGACGUAAAUCAGCUGGUAGCAUUCCUCUCUCACCUUUGGCACGGACACCUUCUCCAACACCUCAGCCAACAUCUCCUCAGCGGUCUCCAUCACCUUUACUGGGACACUCCAUUGGAAGUGCAAAAAUAACUCAGGCCUUCCCUAGUAAAAUGCACUCCCCUCCUACUAUUGUCAGACAUAUAGUUCGGCCAAAGAGUGCAGAGCCACCGAGGUCUCCAUUGCUCAAGAGAGUUCAGUCUGAAGAGAAACUUGCCCCUUCUUAUGGGACUGACAAGAAACACUUAUGCUCACGCAAACACAGCCUGGAGGUAACUCAGGAAGAGGUUAAUAGAGAGGUGUCUCCACGAGAUGUAACCCUUCAAAGUCUGGAGGAAAAUGUACUGGAUGCCCCAUCCUUCACACGAGUGAGGCCUGCAGAACAAGGCUGCCUGAAACGACCUGUUUCUAGGAAACUGGGAAGGCAAGAAUCUAUUGAUGAGCUAGACAGAGAAAAAUUAAAGGUCAAAAUAGUUGUAAAAAAGCAAGAUCUGGCAGAGAAACAAGAAUAUUUACAGAAAGCAAGCACUGUGCAUGAACCUUUCGGUGAAUCAGAAAACCCUGUUACCUCAUGCCUGGAGGAGAAAGAAGGCAAGAAAACAUUUCAGAAAGCCCUGGAAAGAUCAAACUACUCUGAAACUAAAAUCACAGCUCUGGAGACACAGUCGGUAGGUGGCAUGCUAAAAGAUACGCUUCAAAAGAACGCAAACAUGAGAUCAAAUGAUUGCACUGCUUCAGAUGUACACGCACCAUGUCAUGGCCCCCCACUUAAUGAAUUCAGUCAUUUGUCAUAUGACUUCAAAAGAAUUUCCCCUCCAUGUACGUUACAAGAUGUACUGCCUCAAUCAUCUGACAAGAUGCUGAAUGGAAAGGGAGAAAAUGCAGAUAAAACUGCACCAACAAAAGAAUUUGUCAAAUGUGAAAGAUUAGAUAGUAAGCUUGCAAAUAUUGAUUAUCUUCGGAAGAAAAUGUCCUUUGAAGAAAAAGAUGACAGCCCUUGUCCAGUUCUGAAGUCCAAAUUGACAGCAAAUAUACAUGAAUGCCAUCAGCUCAGUGCAGUCAGACCCAUGAACAUACAGCAGGAUUCAAGUUCAUCAUCUGACAGCUGGUCAUAUAUCACCAGUGCUCAUUCUGCUCAGAUUAGCUCUGUUUCCUUUGUUCCCCUCAAAGCCUUGAAUAGCCGAGCAGAUAGUGGCAUAGAAAAAUCAGCCCUCAUUUCUACAGAGUCCCCAGUCCGAAAGAGCCCUUCAGAAUAUAAGUUAGAAGGGAGGUCUGUGUCUUGCUUGAAGCCAAUUGAAGGCACCUUAGAUAUUGCUUUACUUUCAGGGCCACAGGCUUCCAAGGUAUCUUCAGAGGUAUCUUCAGGUGCAUUCCCAGGAGGCCAAAGUGCCAAAAAUGAAGCCGGAUGUCUCGUGUCUAUGUGCCAAAGUGGCAGCAGUGUGAAGGUUGAGCCCAACUAUCAGAAAGAGCAACCACCAACAUACCAACAAUCCAGGUCUUAUAAAUCUCAUCUGCUGGAGCCCCAAAGUUCAAAGCCAAGUAAAAAUAUUCAGAACUCAUCAGCAAUGACUGUGGCUGUAGAACAGCCUCCUGAAAAAAUAGCCUGCAAUCUGAGCAUGAAAUGUGAUCCACCUCUAACAGUGACUAACCAAAAGAAAGAGGCAACCCAGUUUACAGCAAAUGAGGCUAAAUCUAGCAGCCUCCAAAGCCAGGAUGCUGCUUUGACAACCUGCAAAUCUUCCACAGCACAGGGGAUUUCUGAGAAAGCCAAACGAAAAGAGAAGAAAACCUCAAAAGAAGUGGUUGACAACCAAAUACAGGCCCAAAGGAGUGAAGAUCUGCAUUCAGAGAAGCCAGAGGUUGCUGAGAAUUCAUCAACAAAAAGACCUGGAACAGAAGCACUGCCAAAUCAAGACCCUAAAAAUGUUCAAAGAUGUUCCUUCGAGUCAACUGCUCCUUUGCAAACACAUGGAGCAACAAAAGUGCAGGUUGUAAGCUCAAAGACAAAGUCCAAAGAUGUGCUCAAGCAGCAUGCAAAAGAAGAUGAUAAGACCACUAAACAAUCUUCAGGCAAUGAGUUGGGCAUGCAGAAAGCAAGUGCACAUUUCAGGUCAGAAGCGUCACUUCCCCUAAAAUCUUUACAAACAUCAGAUACAAAUUCUGCUAAAAUAGAAAAACUGCUGGCUGGUAUUGAUGUGCAAAAGGACACCCCCCCACGAGAACUAGGGACAAAAGAGCAGAAGCAGUCCAAAAAUACACUGCCUCCAGCUAUGUCACCAGCUGGUGACAAAGAACCCAGCAUUGCUUCUAGGCAACAAGGUAGCAAUUCUGAUGUUGCUGCUGUAAAGGAAUCCAUCAACAGGCCAUCUGUGGUCCCUGCAUGUUACAGCAACCAAGAUAAUCUCAGAUCUGCUUCAUGUAUGGAAAACAGCUCUGUUAAAUCCAGACAUGUUCCUGACUCCUGUUCCUCCAAAUCAAAACAUUCCGACAAAUUGGCACCAACACAAAAGCAAACAACUACAAACCUGAAAGAAAAAGAAACUGGCAUUCAGGUCUUGGCAGGUUCUCGGAAGGAGGGGAAAAGCACCAGUAAAACUGCACUGGAUUCUUUUUCAAACCCUUCAAGCUCUCAAAGAAAGCUAAAUAAUGAGCAUAUCCAGGUAGAAAAGCAUUUAGUCAUAGAAUGUAGGUCAGAGCCCUCAAUCCUAAUCAAUAACUCCAUGCCUGAAAAACAGCUCAAAUCCUUCAGUAAUAGCCAUGCAGCAGCAGCCCCAGAGAACAGUAAGCAUUUUCAAAGGCAAGAAAUGGCAAGCUUAAGUGACCCUCUUGAUCAAAAGCCACUCCAUGUGCGCAGCAAACAGACCAUGCCUCCAAAGGUGGCUGCUGUGAAAGAUUGUCCUUUGCCAAGCAAACACAUGGACAAAGGCCCAGGCCAUCAGGCUUCCUUUACAGAAAAACAGGCUGAGGGGAAAAAAUGCACGGAUGCACUUUAUUUCCAGAAUGAUUCUGGCAACUCAGAUCCUAGUCUUUCCUCUACUGGCUAUGAUACCAGAGGUAAGGCUGUAGAAAAGGCAGUCACGGGUAGCAAGAACUCUCAAGACAUUAAAGGGAAAGGGCACUCAAAUCAGAAACACUCAGCCGAAGGAAGCAAGCAGCAUGCACAUGCUGCAAAACAUUCCUCCUUGGCUGCUUUGCACAGUACGUGUCGCCCAGCUACAACGGUUAACAAACAGCUCGACUCCCCAUCCAGCUUCCCGGAAUGCAGACAGGAAGCCCUCCUUUUGCCUUUAGCAAAGGCUAAGCUAGGGUCAUCAGAAGCAGUUGCAGUGAGCUGUAGGGAAGUAAAAAAGCAAGUCACCUCUUCCUCAGCAGAGGGCAGAGCAGAAAUGACUAAGAGUAUUUCAGUGCUGGGCUUAUACUCUGUUGCUGCGCCUGCAGAAGAGCAUGUUCCCACUUCAACCGUGAGGGGGAAACCCAGAAGCCAAGAGAGGCCCCAGUCUACUAACACUACUGUGGACAUAAAGGGAAGAGAUCCCAUUCUGCCUCAGUCUUCUGCUGCAAGAAAACAGAAUGUAGGUAAAGAUUUGCCAAAGUCAGGGACUCCAGCUGACUCUCUCAAUGCACUUUCAUCUGACAAAGACUCUGCUCGGCAGCGGCGAGGAAAAGAUGCCUCACGAAGCAGUCCUCACAAAAAAACCUCCUAAAAGUUGCAAAUAGGACUUCUUAAUGUCUUGUCUUACUUUCAGAAAUCAGCACUGUGUAGUAUUUUCUUGCAGAAAAAACUUUCAGCGCCACUUAAGCAGGGUGUGUAAAGAGAAGACUCCCCCCUCCGCCCCCCCCAAAAAUGCCUUCCCAAAAUACAACCGGUUAAACUGUUACCAUAUUGUAUUUGUACAAAAAUACUUUUACAAUUUGUGAGAUGUGUUUGGAGGUGGGGGUGGGGUUCCCUGUAAAUACUUAGGUAGCGUGUAUCAUUUUGAAUGUAGCGUAUCCAUUUUGCUGCUGAUUGCAUUGUUUACUAUAUCUUUUUAAUGAUAGUUGCUUUGCCACUGAUUUGCCAUAAUCUGGGAAGAAGCAGACUUACUAAAGCUUUGGACCUAGGCUGUGCCCACAUAUAUACUAGUUUAAUGAGCGGGCAGGGUAGAGUGGCCCUGGGUGGGAGUGCACCAUUUGUUGUUAUUUAAAGUUCUAUAGGUAAGAUUACAAUUAAGAAAUAAUAGUGGUUGUGGAUUAUGUGUAUUUUAAGAGCUAGAGGGUUGACAGUGUUGCUAGGAGCCACUUACAUUCUAAAUUUGAAUAGGAGAUCACAGUGCAGCUCUUCAGUGCACAGCAUCUUCCUCUUGGUUAAGAUCUGCCUAAUGAAGGGAAGUGUCUUCAUUAUCUUUCUUGCCCAUUCAGUUCACACCAUAGUUUUCUGCUCAUAUGGAUUCUUUCUGUACAGCUGUAUCCAACUCCUUAUUAUAGGCUGAGAUUGCAAACUCCUUGUGAAUUUAGUUUCUGCUAUGCCAUACAGAUUUACAUUCAGGCCAUUGUGUGGUGUACAGCGCAUGCAGAAGCACAUGACAAAAACUGCUAAACCAGUUUACAUGAACAUUAAAUACUCUAGAUUUGCUUCAUUAUCAUGAUAGGAAAAUUUAUACAUUUAGUGAUUCAGCUUUCUUUUCUAUUUUAUGACAAAAGUGGUGAAGUGGGGGGAGGGUGUUUUUCAGCCUCAUAUCUAGAUAAAAUAUUCACGUAUGACAACAUUUUAAUACCUAUCUGGGGGCCUUAUGUUUUAGAUAAGCUUGCUGUUUUUAGCAAGUCAUCUGAGGUUUCACAUUCUUUUUGAAGUACAUUCAGUAGCUCUAUACAUUUCAUAUUGUGAACUUUAUUUGUAUGAAAAAGAAAUAAAUGUUGUAAUUUUUUUAAUGAAAAAAGUGGUUUUUGUAACAGAGGGGACCUGUUGGAGCUAUUUGGUGCUAGAAUGUGAGUUAUCUUUAAACUUUUUUUUUUUUUGCUAAGCCUUAUUUGAAUUUUGUGUAUUACAGAAUACGUUGAAUUUGUCUGAUUUUGUUUAGAGCAAAGGUAUUUAGUGUGGGGCUUUUGGAACAUAGCAUUCCAGAAUGAGAAGUAUGGCUAAGUGAUUGGGACCUAGAAAAUAAUUUAUCUCCCCCCGCCCCCCAUUGCUGUAUUUCCUCACAAAAGCUUGUUUAAGACAGACCCACCUGUAGAGCAUUUCCCCUGUUUCUCUUAAUGCUCAUCAUCCAAGCAUAGCACAGUUAUGAACUCGUGGCAUGUAGGAUGCUUAGAAGUGUACUAAAUGCACUUCCCUGAGGAAAAGGAUUAAUCUGGUUGAGAUUUUGAUCAUUUUUAAGAAUCUUUGCUAAGAAAGUAAAAUGACUAGUGAGCCUGUAAUUUUCCAUGCAGUGUGUAGCGCUUUCAUUUUCUUUCAUUUCACUUUUGGAUGAUUAAAAACAACUGAAGGAAAACCUGUCUUGAAGAGGGCGGCCUGUCUGUGAGAGAGUAGAGGUAAAAGCUCUUCCCCCUCGGGCUUUACACUCACCCGGAAUCUUGGGCUGCUCCCUGCACAAAGCACUUUUGCAUGCCGCAUAACUCCUUUGCAGGAGUUGAAGCCCAAUUUGAAUCCAACACUUUGUGAGUACAAAGUCCCACAGGCAAAUUCUUUUGCCUCACCAUCCCUUUUAAAUUAAGCCUAAAUCUUCAGGUAGGGGUGGGGGGAUGAAAUAACCAAUCACUAAUGCACUCCAAAAUCAUGACAUUUCUAUCUGGAAGGUAUUUCAUAGUUUACAGCUCUUUGCUUCUAAAAAUCCUUCCAUUUGUUUCCUUCAGAGCACAUCUAGCUAUCUUGUUUACAAAUGUAUCUUUUGUAUGUAUAUUUUGUAUAAUGCUUUAUCACUUCUGCCAAAUAUUUUUUCCUAUUUUGGAAGUAUAUUAAGUAGCACCUGAGCUUGUAUUCAUGUAAUCCCUGUUUGUUGAUGUUUACCUUUCAGUGAACUAUUAGCGAUCCUUCUACGUGUGUAUUCAACUAUUUUGUCUGUCUUGUGUGAUUGUAUAUUAAGAUGUUCCCUUUGUAGAAUUUACUACUGUAGAUUAUUGGAUUAUUAAAAAAAAAUAGGAUCUGUGCAAUAAAGUGUUUGCGUUCUUAUUUUCUUUUAGAAGUCUCCAAGGAUGUCAUAACCAUUGGAUAAUGGAAUAAAAAUAUUUAUACUGAUGCAGUUGCAAAAUAUUGAAAUAAAACUGAGCAUGAAAGGGAAA